CAAAACACUCAACACACAACAACAACACAAUGGCAGGAAAGAAGUCUACCAAGAAGAAGGACCCAAACGCACCAAAGAAACCAAAGACUGGUUAUUUCUUGUUCUGUGAUGAACACAGAGAAGCUGCCAAGGCUAAGACUGGUGAAAAGAAGAGUGCCAGUGAAGUAAGCAAAGUCUUGGGAGAAAUGUGGAAUUCAUUAAGUGAUGAACAAAAGAAGCCAUACAAUGACAAGUACAAGAAGUCUUUGGAUGGAUACAAUGCUCAAAUGGAAGAAUAUAAGAAGAAUAAGCCAUCUUCAGAAGAUGAAGAAGAAUCCGACUCUGAUGGUGAAAAGAAGAAGAGAAAGAGAGGAAGCAAAAAGGCCAAAAAGGAUAAGGAUGCUCCAAAGCGACCACUCACUUCAUACAUGAUCUUCUCUCAAGAAAUGAGAAAGAAGCUCUUGGAAGAGGAUAGUACCCUUAAAGUAACAGAAGUUGCCAAGAAGGUUGGUGCUUUGUGGAAGAAAAUGUCUGACGAACAAAAGAAGCCAUACAUUGCUCAGGCUGAAAAAUUGAAGGCUGCCUACAAAGUUCAAAAGGAAGAAUAUGAUGCCACUCACGAAACUAAGGCACCAGCAAAGAAGAAGACCAAGAAGGAAUCGGAAUCAGAAGAAGAAGAAAGUAGCGAAGAAGAAAGCGAUGAUGAGUAAAUAAUCAACACCCUAAGUUAAUUGUAAAUGUAAAAAUCAAUUAGACCAAAAUAUAUUUAUUUAAUUUUUAAA